AUGAGUGGAAGUGGAGAUAAUAAAGUAUCUGGAACUACAAAGACACCUGCUGAUUUCCUCAAAUCCAUCCGUGGGAGACCUGUUGUUGUCAAAUUGAACUCUGGUGUUGAUUAUCGUGGCAUUCUUGCUUGUCUUGAUGGCUAUAUGAACAUAGCAAUGGAGCAGACAGAGGAGUAUGUUAACGGGCAGCUCAAGAACAAAUACGGUGAUGCCUUUAUCCGUGGAAACAAUGUUCUUUACAUCAGUACAGUAAACACACCUUUAGCUGACGGAGCUUAGAUCCUUCGCCAUGCAUCAUCAUCAGCCAUGCCCAUCUUAUAGAUGUUACCUAUCUUUCUAAAACAACUCUUGCACUUUGACGAUUGACAUGUAUCAAAGAUGUUUGUUUUUCUUAAAAUGAAUUUUUGUUAUAAGCGUGGUAAUAGCAGUCUAGCAGACAUCAUUUAUUUUAACUUAAGGCAAACGAAUUUUUGAUUACUUGUGACUAAUACUAAAU